UUGAAAUUCACCCCAAAUUCAAAACAGGAAAAAGGGAAUGUGUUCAUUCUGUCGUAGCACAUUUCUGGUUUUGUGAACAAAUAAAUGUCUGUUUUUAUUGCUUUUCUAGCACGAUAAUUUUGCUAUGUCUAAUCAAAACGUAACUGGACCAGCUUUGCCACCGUCGAUGGGAAAUAGCCAAAAUGAUGAUUCAGAUGGAGAAGACGCAAUCAUAGGUCCAGCCUUGCCUCCACUGUAUAAAGCUUCAGAGUCCUCAAGUUCAUGUGAGGACAGUGAUCAAGAGGAGGUCGUGUUCAAGAGAGCCAAAUACUCAUCAUCUGGGAACCGGUCUUCUUUAAACAACAGAGACAUCAUGAAAGCUGAGAUGGAUAUAAAGCAAACUGAGGAGAAGGAGGAGGAGGAGGAGGAUGAUGAUGGUUUCUUUGGUCCAGCACUUCCCCCAGGAUAUCAAAAGCGAGAAAAGUCACCAGAAGAGCCACCUUUACUAGGACCUGCACUCCCUCCAGGAUUCAAAAAACAAGAUGAAGAUGGUGCAAAAGACGAUACCAGGGGGCUUUCAGGACCAGCUCUACCCUCAGAAUGUCGAAAGCAAGACAAAUCUCCUGAACGCAGGCCACCUGCGGUAGGACCUGCUCUGCCUCCAGGCUUUAAAAGACAAGAUGAAGAUGAAAAGGGGGAAAAAGAAGAUGCCAGUGGAUUUUUAGGACCAGCGCUACCACCAGGUUAUACUCCAGAAUUGUCAAGCAGUGAAGAAGAUGAUGAUUAUGUCAUUGGACCCAUGCCAUCAAAAGGACCGUCCCAGGACUCUGUGGCAUUGGACUUUGAAAGAAGAGCUCAAAAAAUGAAAGACAAACUUACAGGAGUGGAUACUGGCCCAGAGGUGGUUUCCAGAGAGAGCUGGAUGACAGAGUUGCCUCCUGAGUUGCAGCAUGUGGGCUUGGAAGCACGGACCUUUAAGAAAAGAUCAGGCCCUGAAAACAAAGACCGCUCAAUCUGGACUGACACUCCCGCUGAACGUGAGCGAAAAGCUAGGGAGCGACAAGAGGCUAAGGAAAAAGGUGAAUCUGCCAAGGAUGAUGGACCACGUCUGCCUCAGAAAGAGCUUGAGAUGGCUGAAAAAGUUUCAAAAUAUAAUGAGUCCAAGCGUGGUGAAUCUCUCAUCAGUCUGCACACUAAGAAGAUGAAGAGAAAAGCUGAGGAGGAUGCUGACAAGCCUGUGGAGAGAAGACCCUUCGACAGAGACAUGGACCUCCAAGUCAAUCGCUUUGAUGAGGCUCAGAAAAAAGCUUUGCUCAAGAAGUCACAAGAGCUCAACACCCGCUUUUCACACAGCAAAGACCGCAUGUUCCUAUGAGGGACAUCAAAUGCAUUUAUCUGAUCUUAUCAAAGACGCUGUACUGAUUUGGAAUCCUCGAAACAUCAUCAUCAAAACAUUAUGAACCACGUUGAUAAUUAUAUGUAAAAAUUUGGAGGGCUGACUUUUACUCCUCAAUUCGCUUUUUUUUCACCAAUGUUUAAUUGUAAGUAUUUGAUUUGA